CUACAGUGCAGCGGCAAUACGGCAUACGCUCAUCAGAAAGAAAGGUAGAGUAUAGGCUAGAUUCAAGCCGUAUGUUUGUACUGUGUAUGCGAUGGAGACCCAUAACUUAACCCCGCUCCGGAAGAUUUGCUAAGUUGGCCGACAAAUGUAUCUAUAGUGAGUCUGGUGCUGGCCAGCUAGCUAGCCUUAAUACUCAUGCCUGGAACAACAGCGUACCCACAAAAAGGAAGAAAAUUGCAACUUCUUCUUCUUUGCUGCUCUUUCGCGUCCUCUCUCUCUCACUCUCGCUCUCCUCUCACACAACUGAGCACAAACACACAACUUGAGCAAUCAGAUCGAAAGAGAAAAGAAAAAGGCGGACCUGCAAUGUUUUGUCAAUGGCACCGUACCACCGACUUACACGACACGACAUAGCAGCGUUGACGGGUAUCGAACUCGCCUCCUCUAGAGUGGUCUGACCACUGCUGUGACGUCGAUGGCAAAGUGGCGGAGGGAGAGAGGAGGCGUAGGCUAUGGCAGCAACAGCGCUCUCCUCUUCCUCCUCCUUGUCCCGCUGCUUAUCGUCUAUGGCGUGUGGAUCAUCGCUGCGCCGUCACUGUCCGGGGCCGCUGGCAUUCCCAUUCCAGGGAAGUAUAUGUGGUACGCGCCACACAGCGGCUUCAGCAAUCAGGUAGGCGAGCUCCGGAAUGCUGUGCGCGUGGCGGCCAUCCUGGGUAGGAUCCUCAUUCUUCCCCCCGUCACCGAUCACCAUGCGCUCAGCCUCGGCAGCUGCCCUAAGUUCCGGAUCGUGGAGCCUCGCCACCUCAGGGUAGCUGCAUUGUCCCACUUCUCUGAUCUCGUCGCGCAAUCCAGGUACUACUCCAUCGCCGACGUCGUCAACAUCUCGGCCGUGAGCCAGAGCUUGGUGACGACGAUCGACUUCCGAGUGUUUGCUCUCCUGUGGUGUGGAGCAAAUCGAGUCGAGCCGCCAUGCGCAGGUACUGCCACUCCAUGCCCAAGCAAGGGAGGCUUCGAUCGAUGCAUCGCGAUGCUCAACCACGCGCACUGUGUUGGCAGUGAUUGCGUGCACUGCGUGGACGAGAGCUGUGCAGACACAGUGUGGACGUACGCAGCGACCAGUCCGAAACGACGUUUGCUCGAGCAGCCCGUCAAGCUCAAGACGAAGAAAUUCAGCGGCGCGCGGCGAGUCAAGCGCGACAUCCUCCAAAGCCUUGGUGACGGAACCGUGGCUGGCGAUUCCAAGCUCUUGGUGUUUGGGAGCCUCUUCUCCGGGGAGUAUCAAGGCGCGCAGACCCACGUCGAUCUCAGUGGUGCGUCCGGGAACGCGGCUUUCGACCGGGUGUUCCAGGCGAGCCAACACUUUCCACUGUCGCGGGUGGUAACCGACGCUGGACGGGCUUAUAUCCGGAGCCGGAUGAACAAGCGGGAGUUUUUCUGUGCGCAACUCCGGCUGCUAGACGGGCAGUUCAAGAAUCACUGGAGCAAGACGUUUGACAGCCUGAGAUUGCGGCUGGAAUCCCUUGUUCCAGACGAAGGUGGUGGCGCCAUUCCGGUGUUUGUCAUGACGGAUUUGCCACGCGCAAAUUGGACAGGGACUUAUCUGGAAGAGCUCUCGGAGCGCAGCGAGUACCAAAUCUUUCGGCUCGAGGAGGGCGACGAGAUUGUGCGCGACACCGCGAGGAGAGUGGUGGCGCUCAAACCUGGGAACGAUGAUCCAUCCAAGCUGGUGGCGGUGGAGCAGCAGACGCAGGAUCAAGCGCCUCACCACCAAAUGCUUCCAGACAUUCUUUUGUACGUGGAGGAGGCGAUUUGCAGCUGCGCUUCGUUGGGCUUCCAUGGCACUGCCGGUUCCACAAUCUCGGAAAUGAUAACGCAAUUGCGAAAUGCAACACCGCAGUGUUCUUGAGCUCU